CAGACGGGACUUGGUCCCGCCUCUGGCCCGGCCCCGGCGGAGAGCUCGGAGAUAGAAAGGCGGACUCAAUCGCGCGGUGGAAGCCAGUUCGCUGAGCGCCAGGCACGGACUAACUGCUGUAGAGAUCCAGCUGCGAGCCGCGAUGUGCGGAAUCUUUGCGUACAUGAACUACAGAGUCCCCCGGACAAGGAAGGAGAUCUUUGAAACCCUCAUCAAGGGCCUGCAGCGGCUUGAGUACAGAGGCUACGACUCGGCAGGUGUGGCGAUCGAUGGGAACAACAGCGAAGUCAAGGAGAGGCACAUCCAGCUGGUCAAGAAGAGGGGGAACGUGAAGGCUCUGGAUGAAGAGCUGUACAAGCAAGAUAGCAUGGACCUGAAGAUGGAGUUUGACACUCAUUUUGGCAUCGCCCACACACGCUGGGCCACCCACGGGGUCCCCAAUGCCGUCAACAGCCAUCCCCAGCGCUCCGACAAAGACAAUGAAUUUGUCGUUAUCCAUAACGGAAUCAUCACCAAUUACAAAGACCUGCGGAAGUUUCUGGAAAGCAAAGGCUACGAGUUUGAGUCAGAGACUGAUACGGAGACCAUCGCCAAGCUGAUCAAAUACGUGUUCGACAACCAAGAAACGGAGGACGUGACGUUUUCCACCCUGGUAGAGAGGGUCAUUCAGCAGCUGGAAGGUGCAUUCGCUCUGGUUUUCAAAAGUAUCCACUAUCCGGGAGAAGCUGUAGCCACGAGGAGAGGCAGCCCCCUGCUGAUUGGCGUGCGCAGCAAAUACAAGCUCUCCACCGAGCAGGUCCCCAUCUUGUACCGGACACGCAACAUUGAGAAUGUGAAGAACAUCUGCAAGACAAGGGUGAAGAGGCUGGACAGCUCCACCUGCCUCCAUGCUGUGGGCAACAAAGCUGUAGAGUUCUUCUUCGCUUCUGACGCCAGUGCCAUCAUUGAACACACCAACCGGGUCAUCUUCCUGGAGGAUGAUGACAUUGCUGCAGUGGCCGAUGGGAAGCUCUCCAUUCACCGGAUCAAGCGUUUGGCCAGUGAUGACCCAUCUCGAGCCAUCCAAACCUUGCAGAUGGAGUUACAGCAGAUCAUGAAAGGCAGCUUCAGCGCCUUCAUGCAGAAGGAGAUCUUCGAACAGCCUGAAUCAGUUUUCAAUACCAUGAGAGGUCGGGUGAACUUUGAAACCAACACAGUGCUCCUGGGGGGCUUGAAGGACCACCUGAAGGAGAUCCGACGCUGCAGAAGGCUCAUCGUCAUUGGCUGUGGGACCAGUUACCAUGCCGCCGUGGCCACACGACAGGUGUUGGAGGAACUGACGGAGCUGCCGGUGAUGGUGGAACUUGCUAGUGAUUUUCUAGACAGGAACACACCUGUGUUCCGGGAUGACGUUUGUUUUUUCAUCAGCCAGUCAGGUGAAACCGCAGACACCCUCCUGGCACUGCGCUAUUGCAAGGACCGCGGGGCCCUGACGGUGGGCGUCACCAACACCGUGGGCAGCUCCAUCUCCCGGGAGACUGACUGUGGAGUCCACAUCAACGCAGGGCCUGAGGUCGGAGUGGCCAGCACCAAGGCCUACACCAGCCAGUUCAUAUCCAUGGUGAUGUUUGGCCUGAUGAUGUCAGAAGACCGGCUCUCACUGCAGAACCGAAGGCAUGAGAUCAUCCGAGGCCUGAAAGCCUUGCCUGAGCUGAUCAAGGAAGUGCUGUCGUUGGAUGAGAAGAUCCACGACCUGGCCCUGGAGCUCUACACGCAGCGGUCUCUCCUGGUCAUGGGGCGAGGCUACAACUAUGCCACAUGCCUGGAAGGAGCCCUGAAAAUCAAAGAGAUUACGUACAUGCACUCAGAGGGCAUCCUGGCUGGGGAACUGAAGCAUGGGCCCCUGGCUCUGAUUGACAAGCAGAUGCCUGUCAUCAUGGUCAUUAUGAAGGACCCCUGCUUCACCAAGUGCCAGAACGCACUGCAGCAGGUGACCGCCCGCCAGGGCCGCCCGAUCAUCCUGUGCUCCAGGGACGACACAGAGAGCUCCAAGUUCGCCUAUAAGACCAUCGAGCUGCCGCCCACGGUGGACUGUCUGCAGGGCAUCCUCAGCGUCAUUCCACUGCAGCUGCUGUCCUUCCACCUGGCCGUCCUCCGAGGAUAUGACGUUGACUUCCCCAGGAAUUUGGCCAAGUCUGUCACUGUGGAAUGAGGACAGCAGCACAAGGAGACCACCACCACCUUCAGGCUGGUUCCAGGCCUGUGCCGCUCACGGGACGACCAGGCCUCCUGCGUGUCUUGACUUGAGCUUGCCAGCAUCCAUGUGCCUUGUACCCAAGUGCUUUGCUUACAGCAGCCCCUGUUUCUCUGUGCCUUCAAGGGCAUCAUUGUUUACACGUGGGGAGCAGAGCGGGCUUGCCCACUGCCGUGCAAUAGAGCCAGCUCUCUCCAGAGCAACUGUGAACCUUUUUCUAGCCACUGUCAGUCAGGCUGAAGAGAUGGAAUAUUUAUAAGGACACUUAUAUAGCCUUUUAAGUUAUUUUUCUAGUACCUGGCUUUCAGUGGUUGAGGUGAUGGCACAUGCCCCUUCCUAGCUCCCCCAGACACCCUGAAUCCUGGCAGGAGGCGUGCAUCUCAGAUCUGAGCACUGGGGUCUGCCCGCUGGCCUCCCUUCUCCCUUCCCUUCCUCUUUGAGCUGCUCCCAAGUCCCAUCUCCUCAUCCUCCUUCCUCUGCCUCCUGGGAGUCCUGUCCAAAGAGUGGCUCCCUGUGAGGACUUUCAUUUAAAUCCCUCCAGCUCUCCAACCCUGGACUGUAAUGUGAUCCUGGUCCAUUUCCCAUCCCAGGCAGUGUUCUGGUCCUCUGCUCGCACCCGUAGUGAGAUAGUCUGAAAUAUCCCAUGCAGGAGAGUAGUAUGAAGUGGGCUCCCUGGCCCUCUGUUUUAACAGCGUGCACAAUCAUAGUACUAUGCAAUUUUAAGACAAUAAAGAUAGUACACUUGU